AUGUCAUACGAAGAGUCCGCGCAUUUCAAAACAAUUGCUCAUACAGAUACAAGUAUGUCAAAUGAAAAACUUACUUUUGGAAUGAAAUUUUCACAAUUUCUAUCUAAAUUAUGUUGGCAAUUUGAUCAACUUCCAGCACCAAAUUAUUCACAUGUAAAUCAAAAACAUUUAACAUCAUCAAAUAAAACGACUAAGAAACAUGGAGGUCAAUCAUUUUAUCAAAUUUCACCAUUUGAUAGAAAUCAUUUACGUCACUCAUAUCCAACACAUCAUCGAUCACAUACAGUACGAAAUCGAACUUUAACAUUAACAUCAAUCCAAGAAGAAUAA